GCUUGUUGGAGCUGAGCUAUUGUCCAACAGCGGCCAGACCCCAAGAAGGAAAGAGCACGGACUCAGCUACCUCUGCGCCCAGCUCCGCCGGAGCCAGCCCGAGCCCCCAGCACCAUGACCUUCUCAGAGAUUCUGGAUCGUGUGGGCAGCAUGGGCCCUUUCCAGUACCUGCACGUGACCCUGCUCGCACUCCCAAUCCUUGGCAUGGCCAACCACAACCUGCUACAGAUCUUCACGGCCACCACCCCUGCCCACCACUGCCGCCCAUCCCCCAAUGCCUCAGCCGAGCUCUGGGUGCUCCCCAGGGGCCUGAAUGGAAAGCCUGAGAAAUGCCUCCGUUUCAUUCACCUGCCCAACACCAGCCUGCCCAAUGAGACCCACGGAGCCACGGAGCCCUGUCUGGAUGGCUGGGUCUACAAUAACACCAUGGACACCAUUGUGACGGAGUGGGAUUUAGUGUGCAGCUCUGGCAAACUGAAAGAGAUGGCCCAGUCUAUCUUCAUGGCGGGCAUACUGAUUGGAGGUCCCGUGUUUGGAGAACUCUCUGACAGGUUUGGUCGGAAGCCCAUCCUGACAUGCAGCUACCUACUGCUGGCGGCCAGCGGCUCGGGAGCUGCCUUCAGCCCCACCCUCCUAGUCUACAUGCUGUUACGCUUCCUGUGUGGCUGUAGCAUCUCCGGCAUUACCCUCAGCACUGUCAUCUUGAAUGUGGAGUGGGUCCCCACUUGGAUGAGGGCCAUCUCGUCUACAGCAAUCGGGUACUUCUACACCUUUGGCCAGUUCAUUCUGUCCGGCCUGGCCUAUGCUGUCCCCAAGUGGCGCUGGCUACAGUUCACUGUGUCUGCUCCCUACUUCAUCUUCGCCCUGUCAUCGUGGUGGACCCCAGAGUCUAUCCGCUGGAUGGUCCUGAAUGGAAAGUCUUCCAAGGCCCUGAAGACGCUCCGGCGAGUGGCUGCCUACAAUGGCAAGAAGGAGGAAGGGGAAAAGCUCAGCUUGGAGGAGCUGAAACACAACCUACAGAAGGACAUCUCCUUGGCCAAGGUGAAGUAUGGCUUAGCUGACUUGGUCCGGAUACCCACCCUGCGCCGCAUGACCUUCUGCCUCGCCAUAGCCUGGUUUUCCACUGGUUUUGCCUACUACAGUUUGGCUAUGGGGGUAGAAGAAUUUGGAGUCAACCUCUACAUUCUCCAGAUCAUCUUUGGCGGAGUGGACAUCCCAGCCAAGUUCGUCACCAUCCUCUCUAUAUCCUAUCUGGGCCGGCGCAUCACUCUGGCUGCUGUCCUGCUCCUGGCGGGAGUAGCCAUCUUGAGUCUCAUCUUUGUGCCUUUAGACAUGCAGAUGGUGAGGACAGCAGUGGCCGUGUUUGGGAAGGGAUGCAUGUCCAGCUCCUUCAGCUGCCUCUUCCUCUAUACAAGCGAACUCUACCCCACAGUCAUCCGACAAACAGGUAUGGGUGCCAGUAACCUAUGGGCCCGAGUGGGCAGCAUGAUAGCCCCGCUGGUGAAAAUCACUGGUGAGGUGCAGCCUUUCAUUCCCAAUGUCAUCUAUGGGACCAUGGCUCUCCUGGGAGGCCUUGCUGCCUUCUUCCUGCUUGAGACUCUCAAUCGGCCCUUGCCAGAGACGAUUGAAGACUUGGAAAGCUGGGUCCGGCAAGGAAAAGAGACAAAGCAGGAGUCAGAAGCAGAAAAGGCAUCCCAGAAGAUUCCUCUGAAGCUUGGUGGAUCAAGCCCGGAUCCCAGCUGAGGACUACAGAAGCCUUCUACUCUUCCCUCCAGAGACAGAUCCUAACCAGGAUCCUACCUGCCUCUGAGCUCCUCGGGUACUUCGGGGCGGGGGACGCCUUGGAUGGAUCCAGGGCCCAGGAAUGAAGCUUUCUGAGGCUUCAUCACCACCCCCUCAACCAGAGCCUUCAGUCCAGCCCUGGCCUGUUUGAACUUUUGGCCCUGGGUCUCUUUCCCUAAUCCCUACAUCCUCCCUGCAACCCAGGCCCGGACAUUCUUCUGUCUAUUCCUUCUCUUCCAGCCACUUUCCCCUCUUCUCCUGAGGCCCCUCCAUUCAGUCCAACAGAGAUACUUUCCUCUCUUUUCCCCAAACCUUUCCUUUGGUGGGAAAUUUCAAUAAACAGUGAUAAAGAA